UGCUGCUGACGAUGGCUGCGCGCCUAUUCUCCCGCUCCGAGGUGGCUGUGCCGAUCCAGCCGAAACCGCAACGACAUCAGCCGAUUUUUGCCAACCGGUCUAAUGUUGACCGUGAUCUGAUGCUGGUGGAGGAGGAGAUGACGGUGCCGCUUGAGUACCACAGUCUCAUUAACGGCCGACAGGGCAGCGGAUUCCGUAAACUGAUGGACCAGUUCCACGUCAGCAUCAGCGUCCCCAACGCAGCCGACCAGAGUGACGUCAUCUCGAUUCGCGGUCUGGGUCGGCACGUGGACGCCGCCAAGGAGGGGCUGCUCGUGCGCGUCAAAGAGCUGGACAAGGCCAAGGAGGAGCGGGUAAAGCAGCGGGACAGUGAUGGAGAGGAGGAAGAGAGCUGGCGUGGCCAAGACUCUCCGGUGGUGUUCCGGCAGAACAGUUCCGUGCCUGGUUUUCUGGCCGAUCCUGGCGCUCGACAGAGCGAUUCAGGCCGACGACAGGAGGUGAUGGAUGUCGAGAGGGAUGAUGAGCAGCGUGAUGCGGCGGGUGGCGAACACAGCGCAGUCGAUACAGGAGACCGGGAGGCCAGGCAGCCGGCAGUUUUGCAGAAUAAACUGACAUCUGGCGCUGAUCCCACAUCCCCAGCGCAUCAACACCGGGAGGACGGCGAGGGAGCCGUGUCGUCACGACUUCGAACGCGCCGACCCGUAGCCAAGGUCGCACACGUGGCGGAAGCGUGCAUCCGCUACGCGUUCUCCCACGAGGUGCAACGCGCCGUGCCCGCCUCGACCAAUCCGGAACCCAGCCACGCCCACCCAGGCGAACCGGACCCCGAUUGGCGCAUCAGGGUCGCGGCCUCUUCUUUCAUGGGCACACUCCCUAAGGAUUAUCCCGAAGACCGCCAGGAGGAGGCGGUGACCUACGCGCGCGGAGAGGGCACUCGCAUGUUUCGCGAAAUCGCACGCCUCAAGGACGCCGCACGCGACGCCGCUGAGUCGGCAGCCGUCUGGCGCGCUACGCAAGAGCACCGGCAAAUGGAAGCUAUGCAGCUCUUGAACCGUCACGAGGCGGAAAUGGAAUGGCAGGAUUCUGCCGAGGACGAAGACGAAGAAUCCGAGCAGCAGCAGCAACACGAUCCGGAUUAUCCUGCUCCUCGUAACCCCCGUAACACGCGAAUCCGUCAUCAGUAAUGUUCGCGAAAUCUAUGAUUUCGACACUGCGAAUAUCACGAUGCAAGGCCGAUAUCUGACUGGCUUGAUCGGCACAUUCAAGCUGUACAGAUUUUUUUUUCGUUGACUAGUUAUACACCAGUCAUAUUCGGCUUCGGCUCGGAUGCUCCUUUGGUCUACAGGCAGUUUUCUGAAAAAUAAUUUCCCUUCAUUUGUUUUUAAGUGAGGUUUUGGCGUGCGUUUUGGCAUUGCAUAUACGA